AUGGAUAAGUCAAUCUAGAAGAUAUCUGAUCAUAAACAAAUCUUAAAAUACAAUAUUCCAAAUUAAACAAAUGUCAUUCAUCAGCAUGAAUCCUAAAAAAUAAUUCUAUUUAAAAAAAUAAGCUAUUAAAUUCUAUCCAUAAAAGAUUGUAUUAUUAGAUUUAUUCAAUUCUUGUUUUGAUGAAGUUUAUUGAUUAGAGGUUAAAAUACUGAUAAAACUAUUUAAUGAAUUAGGAAAAGAGGACAAGAAAAAUGUUGUAUUUUUUAAUUAUAAGAUUACUUUAAUUUGUUACUAUUUUGUUGAUCAUUACAUUGAAAGUGUUAAAUUAAAUCAAUAAAAUUACAAUCUCAAUUAUGCUUAUGCUUAAUAAAUCAAUAAAAUUUAGCAGAUGUUAAAAUAGAAUAUAUAAAAUAUAUUAUUGAUCACAAAAUAAAAUAAGAUUAGAUAAUAUCAACAAAAAAUAUGGGCAAUUAAUUCUUUGCUCAAAAUUUGCAAAAUCUGA